AUGAGGCCUGUGGCACUGGGGUGCCCCGGCCCAACGCCCCAGGAGGACAAAAGGCCCGUCACAGUGAAGCUGGAAGACUCUGAGGAGGAGGGCGAAGCUGCUCCAUGGGACCCUGGCCCUGAGGCCGCCCGUCUGAGAUUCCGGCAUUUCCGCUACCAGGAGGCGGCGGGGCCCCACGAGGCCCUGGCCCGGCUGCGUGAGCUGUGCCGCCAGUGGCUGCGGCCCGAGGCGCGCUCCAAGGAGCAGAUGCUGGAGCUGCUGGUGCUGGAGCAGUUCCUGGGCGCCCUGCCCCCCGAGAUCCAGGCCUGCGUGUGGGGGCAGCAGCCCGGCAGCCCCGAGGAGGCCGUGGCCCUGGUCGAGGGGCUGUGCCCAGAGCAAGACGGCCCACGGAGAUGGGUUACAGUCCAGGUGCAAGGCCAGGAGGUGCUAUCAGAGAAGAUGGAGCCUUCCAGCUUCCAGCCUCAGUCUCCAGAGCCUGAGCGAGAGACGCCCCCUGGGGACAUGCAGGUGAAGGAGGAGCCUGAGGUCACAGAGGGCCCAGCUCUCCUGGAGUCUGAGCCCCCCGCUGCCCCCCAGAAGGCCAUGCCUGCCCUCCUGCCUCAGGAAGCCCAGGGCUGCGGGACAGCGUUGGACCAGGCCUCUCCCCAGAGGGAAGCUGGGCCUGAGGGGCCCUCAUGGAGGGAACACCCAGGGGCCCUGUGGCAGGAAGAAGCUGGGGGCAUCUUCUCCCGGGGGUUUGCUCUUCGAAUGGACACUGUCCCCACAGGCCCAGUCACCGUGAGCCCCCAUCUCCAUGUCCCCUGGGACCUCGGAGUGGCCGGUCUCACAGGCAGGAUCCACUCACCAUCCCGGGAAGGUGGCCUCGUACAUGCACUCGUGCUCCCCAGUGACCCAGGAGGUGAACAGGAGCCUGUGGGCCCCGUACUCCUGCCGCUCGCCACCCGAUGGCGGGCCCCUAGGGGCCGGGGCCGAGGGCGCCCCAGCACGGGCGCCGGCGCGGUGCGGGGCGGCCGCUGCGACGUGUGCAGCAAGGUGUUCAGCCAACGCAGCAACUUGCUGCGGCACCAGAAGAUCCACACCGGCGAGCGGCCGUUCGUGUGCGCCGAGUGCGGCCGCAGCUUCAGCCGCAGCUCACACCUGUUGCGCCACCAGCUCACGCACACCGAGGAGCGGCCGUUCGUGUGCGGUGACUGCGGCCAGGGCUUCGCGCGCAGCGCACGCCUGGAGGAGCACCGGCGCGUGCACACGGGCGAGCAGCCCUUCCGCUGCCCCGAGUGCGGCCAGAGCUUCCGGCAGCGCUCCAACCUGCUGCAGCACCAGCGCAUCCACGGCGACCCCCCGGGCCCGGGCGCCGCGCCCCCCGCGCCCCCCAGCGCGCCCGAGCCCCAGGGCCCCUUCCCCUGCAGCGAGUGCCGCGAGAGCUUCGCGCGGCGCGCCGUGCUGCUGGAGCACCAGGCGGUGCACACAGGCGACAAGUCCUUCGGCUGCGUGGAGUGUGGCGAGCGCUUUGGCCGCCGCUCGGUGCUGCUGCAACACCGGCGCGUGCACAGCGGGGAGCGGCCCUUCGCCUGCCCCGAGUGCGGCCAGAGCUUCCGGCAGCGCUCCAACCUCACACAGCACCGGCGCAUCCACACGGGCGAGCGGCCCUUCGCCUGCCCCGAGUGCGGCAAGGCCUUCCGCCAGCGGCCCACGCUCACGCAGCACCUGCGCGUGCACACGGGCGAGAAGCCCUUCGCCUGCCCCGAGUGCGGCCAGCGCUUCAGCCAGCGCCUCAAGCUCACGCGCCACCAGCGGGCGCACACGGGCGAGAAGCCCUACCACUGCGGCGAGUGUGGCCUGGGCUUCACGCAGGUCUCCCGGCUCACGGAGCACCAGCGCAUCCACACCGGCGAGCGGCCCUUCGCCUGCCCCGAGUGCGGCCAGAGCUUCCGGCAGCACGCCAACCUCACACAGCACCGGCGCAUCCACACUGGCGAGCGGCCCUACCCGUGCCCCGAGUGCGGCAAGGCCUUCCGUCAGCGGCCCACGCUCACGCAGCACCUGCGCACCCACCGGCGCGAGAAGCCCUUCGCCUGCCAGGACUGUGGCCGCCGCUUCCACCAGAGUACCAAGCUCAUCCAGCACCAGCGUGUCCACAGUGCAGAGUAA